AUGCGAUCGGACAAGUUGGAAGAUGAAGCUCUCCUCAAGAGUUCUGGCGGAGGCGACAAUUCUACGGACAUAGGCUCGACGAAAUUUUUCAAAACAGCGCGGAAGAUGAUUCUGUUUUAUUUGGCGUUGGUAUUGGCAUACUGUACGAGCUUGGUGCUCGUCUACAGAGGCUCGCAACAAUGCCAUCGAUCGGACAAAGAUGUUGCAUAUAUCUUCCAGCAUGACCACUCGGGCUACGUCGGCAAGCCCAGUCCUGAGCUUGACGAGCAAUGGAACAAGCUUCUUCAAAACUUCAAUGUCCGUAUUACGGAGCAAGAGUUGCGACACACGGCGAUGAAGAAAGAGGACGCCAUCGAACUGCCAGACAGUGGCUACUACGCCGGGCUCACAGCAUAUCAUGGUUUACACCGUAUUAAACGACUCCAUCACUACAUGUAUCCCGAAUAUUACUUUCCGAACUUCAUCCAGGAGCAGAGAGACUUGAACGAGUACCAUACGCACCAUUUUCUCGACAUGCUACGGCAGAGUGUCAUGUGUCACGGAGACACCCAGCUGAUCACAAUGAAAUGA